CGGAACUUGUGUUUUUGUACAUCACUACUUACGGAACAUACGCCGUUAAAAUCAACAGGUUUCAACAAACGAGAAGUUGUACCCGGCCGCGGACCCAUAGCCGGUGGUACCGUCGUACGGUUGAGCAUUUGACGAGCUGUGAAUCAUAUGUGAGUUAGAAAUUUGCAUCUGGUCUCAAGACAUUUGACUAGAAGAUCGUUGGUGAACCCUUUUUUUUGUCCCAGGAGUUGCGUCUUCUGGCGUCUGUUUGUUACCUUUCAUAUUGCCACGAACAGUAUCAUCAACAACCAUAUCGAUACCGGUUACCCCGAUAACCCGUCGAGCCUUCAGCGCGAAGAAACGGCCGUCCGUCGUCUCAGUCCCCCAACCUGGAAACAACAAACAUACCGUACCAAAAUGGGCGUCUUCUACGAACCCAUUCCCAAUAGUCUAGUGCCAUGGAUCAAAGAACAGCAAAUGCUCUGGGUGGGCUCAGCGCCGUUGUCAGGCGAAGGCCACAUAAACAUCUCACCUAAAGGAGGUCAGAACUUUGGCAUCCUAGAUGAGCGGACAUUCUGGUAUAUGGAUCUUACAGGAAGUGGAGUGGAGACGCACGCGCAUCUUCACGAACCAGGAAAUGGGAGGAUCUGCGUCAUGUUUAUGGCCUUUACUGGUCCCCCCAAGAUCGUCCGCAUAUGGGGCACCGGGCGCCCUCUCGAGAACGGCACAGCAGAGUACUCAGCCUUUGUUGCCGACCACAAAGUUGAAACUAUCCCGGGUUCUCGUAGCAUCAUCAUAGUUGACGUGCACCAAUGCGGCACAAGUUGCGGCUUCUCAGUCCCGUACUACGACUUUGUCGGCCACCGCGACAUUUUGAACGAGCAUUUUAGGAAGAAGGAAGAAAAGGCCAAGAAAGGAGAUGAGAAGGAGAGCAUAGACUACUACUGGGCGUGGAAGAGUCAGUUGAGUAUUGAUGGGCUGCCGGGUAUGAGACGGGGGUAUGAGUAUGCGCAGAAACACGGAGUUAAGCCGUUGAAGAAGAUGGUGGGGCCGUAUGCGCCGGGAGCGGAGAAGGGGGUGAGGGGAAGCAGCAACGGAGUGGAUCCGAUGUAUUUAUUUGUAGUGUUGCUGCUAGGAAUAGUUAUCGGUGGGGCGACGGCGUUGAGUGUUGUUACGCCCGAGAGGUUGAGGGCAUUGCAAGAGAAGGGAAUGGUUGUAUGAGAUAUUCUGACUGUCUAGAAUGACGUUUACUGAUUUAAGGGUCUGGCCUGGUCAAUUAGCCUGUGAAUUUGCUCGCGAAAAACUGGAGUAGCGUGUCUCUGGCUUGAGUGAUUAACACCAUCGAUACAGCGACGUAACGAUGGUCGUAGCCCAUGUGCUCAUUGGCAUGUGCCUGGGCUGAUCAUGUCUAUCGAUGUACUUGGCGUUACGUGUGAAUUACCAACUGUCAUUAGGCGUUCCGUGUGCUGUAGGACGGUGCAUGUUAUACGAAGGACCGGUGCUGGUGGCGGAGAUUGUCGAGUUUGAGAACAGAUGGGGAGACAUGCAGCGGGGUCAGAUGGGGCGGGAUUGGGCGGUAGCUACCACAGCGUUGGGAAGGUGCGAACUUCUGUUACCUCACUACGGCCUUGGCCAUACUCAGUGCUUUGACAUGCGCCCGUACUACCCGAGCUGACGGUGAACGGCCGUGGUCAGUAAAUGGGCU